CAUUUUCAUUAGGAAAAUAACUAAUUAAAAUUCGUUUUAUACGUAUAAGAUGCGAAAAUAAAAGUUGGAUUUAGUUGAAGCUGUUCGUAUCAGUUUUUCGUCAAAAAAAAGUUUAAAUAGGCAUAUAGGCGUAUCAACAAACAAUUUCGCGCCAUUGUCGGCAAAUUACAAGUAGCGCGUGCUGAAGUGUACGAUGUAGUAAAAAUGUAAACAAGCUUCAACGUGCUUACUAUGUGCAUUUAUUUAUCGAAUUUUACGCACAUAAUAUACAUGAAAAUUUCCAGAUGCACAUUAUGAAGCUGAUAGAUUACGUAGUCCGAAGCUUUAAAGUAGCUAAAGUUUUCAGAGAGAAUUCAGAUCGAAUAAAUAGUUUAGAUUUUUCUCACAAUGGGGAAACAUUAAUAUCCAGCAGUGAUGAUGAAUCUAUCGUUAUUUAUGAUUGCGAAAGAGGAACCCAUAAGCGAACACUUCAUAGUAAGAAGUAUGGAGUUGAUUUAAUUCGAUACACCCAUGCAGCAAACACAGCUGUUCACAGUUCAACUAAAAUUGAUGACACUAUACGGUAUUUAUCACUUCAUGACAACAAGUACAUCAGAUAUUAUCAAGCACACCAAAAAAAAGUUACAUCCCUUUGCAUGUCUCCAGUGGAUGAUACCUUCAUGUCAAGCUCUUUAGAUAAAACUAUUAGAAUUUGGGACCUUAGAUCUCCUAACUGUCAGGGUGUCAUGCACUUACCAGGAAGUAGAUCUGUUGUAAACUUUGAUCCUGAAGGGUUAAUUUUUGCUGUUGGAAUCAAUUCUGAAUUGGUGCGAUUGUAUGACCUGAAAUCUUUUGAUAAAGGUCCAUUCAAUACAUUUAAACUGCCUCAAGAUAAAGAUUGUGAUUGGACAGGCUUAAAAUUUAGUCCCGAUGGUAAGACAAUCCUUAUUUCCACCAAUGGGCAAGUUAUUCGUCUCAUAGAUGCUUUUCACGGAACACCUUUGCAAGUUUUUACGGGUCACAUCAAUAACAAAGGACUGCCAUUAGAAGCUUCAUUUAGUCCUGAUUCACAAUUCAUAUUUAGUGGUUCAACUGAUGGAAGAGUUCAUGUUUGGAGUGCUGAAUCAGGCAAUAAGACUGCUGAGCUCUGCUGUGAUCACACUGGCCCAGUGCAGUGUGUUCAGUUCAAUCCAAAGUAUAUGAUGCUUGCUUCUGCUUGCACAAAUAUGGCAUUCUGGCUUCCAACUGUGGAAGAUAACAUAUGAACUUAAUGCAUCAGUUAAUUUUGGAACGAUAUGUCUUCUCAAGCAUGUUCUAUCUGAUGUGUUUUUAACUUUCAUUUUCGAACUGUAAUAUUACCAUCUUUAGCUUGUAUACUAUUUCAUUUCUCAUAGCUUCAUCCUCAAAAUCAUUCAUGGUUUUUAAUAUUGCUUGCUCUACUUGAAAGCUCUUUUAUUGCCAUUCUUUAUGUUUAUUUAUCUUGUAGAUAUUGUUAUUUAGCAAGUAAA